AUGGUACUUAAGGGUAUCAAGAGGAACACCCUCUAUGUUUUUGAGGGUGUCACACUGUCUAGUUCUGCAGUUUGCGCAUCAGUAUCUCACCAGGAGAUGACCAAUAUUUGGCACAUGAGGCUUGGUCAUAUGGGGAAGAAGGGGAUGCAUCUUUUGUCUAAGAGGGGUCUACUAUCCGAGAUCAAGGUUGCCAACUUUGAAUUUUGUGAGCAUUGUGUGUUUGGGAAGAAACACAGGUCAAAGUUCAGCAAGGGUGCUCACAUUACUGAUGAAGUGCUCGAUUAUAUCCAUUCAGAUUGCUGGGGUCCAUCUAGGGUUGAAGGUUUGGGAGGUUUCCGAUAUUUUGUGUCAUUUGUAGAUGACAACUCUCGAUACACAUGGCUUAGGUUGCUUAAGUCAAAGGAUGAGGCCUUCAAAACUUUUAAGCAAUAG